AUGUCAUCACCGUCGGGAUCCUCCAACAGCGGCAAACGCAAGAGAAACACUGCCAACGCUGCCGACACCACAAGCCUCGCCGAUGGCGCUCUGCAGACGUCGUCGCGAGACGCCUCGGGCGAGGAGGGCGACACCACCGCACCAGAGUCCACCCGCCAGACCAGAAGGACCUCGAAUGGCACGAGCUUGAACCCUGCUAAGAGACAGCGAGCCAGUGCAGACCGGGUCCCCGAGAAUGGCGACAACGUCCUCGACCCAGGUGAGCCCAGCGACACCACCGAGGCCAGCGUCGACAUUGCUGAGAGAGUCGGACGGAAAGGACGCAAGAGCGCGUCCAAGGAAGUCGAGGAGGAGAAGAAGGCCACCAUGCCCCCGCCCCCGAUUGGCAAGCUCACGCACCCCGUGGGCUACAAGACGAACCCCCCGCCAGUUGGCCGCCCGGUGAGGGUGUAUGCGGACGGCGUCUUUGACCUGUUCCAUCUCGGACACAUGCGCCAGCUUGAGCAGGCGAAAAAGGCCUUCCCCGACACGACCCUCGUCGUGGGCGUCACCGGCGACAAAGAAACCCACAUGCGCAAGGGGCUGACCGUUAUGUCUGCCAAGGAGCGCGCAGAGUCGGUGCGACACUGCAAGUGGGUGGAUGAGGUCAUUGAAGACUGCCCUUGGAUCGUCACCCCCGAGUUCCUUGAGGAGCACCGCCUCGACUAUGUUGCGCACGACGACAUUCCGUAUGGCGCGGACGAGGGAGACGACAUCUAUCAACCCAUAAAGCAAGCUGGCAAGUUCCUCGUGACCCAGCGCACCGAGGGCGUCAGCACGACUGGCAUCAUUACGAGGAUCGUGCGUGACUAUGAAAAGUACAUCAGUCGCCAGUUUAAGCGCGGCACUUCCCGCCAGGAGCUCAACGUCAGCUGGCUCAAGAAGAACGAGAUCGACCUGAAGCGUCACGUGCAGGACCUCCGCGAGAACAUCACCAACAACUGGACCACGACCGGCCAGGAGCUCAGCCGGGAGCUGAGGCAGUUCUGGCCCACGAGCCGGCCACAAAGCCCAGCCCGGUUCAACAGCUCAGACAACGUGCGGUCUCCUACCGCCCCUGGAGGGUCAGGGAACUCGAAAGAGUUCAUCACCGGCUACGCGCUCGGGCUAGUUGGUGGUGUGCGAUCAUGGGUUCGUUAA